AUGGUGUCUCCGUGGUCAACUCGAUUCCUUGCCGCAAACUUGGCGAUUGCUGGUGGGCUUGCUAGUGGCUUCCGAGAGGGCAAGUUCAAGACAUUGGUGACGUUUGGCGACAGCUAUACGGAUGAAAACCGACUGUCGUACUUUGGCUCACACAAUGGUUCUGCGCCUCCUGUAGCGUGGCAACAGCCGGUCGGACUAGCUACUGCUUCAGGCGGUCUCUCUUGGGCCCGUUAUGCCAGUAUAUACUCCAAUACGAACCUCUACAACUACGCUGUUUCAGGAGCCGUAUGCUCAAAUAAAAUUUCCCCUCGGCUGUUUUCCUCUAUCAAUGCGCCUUUCCCUGAUAUCGACGGCUAUGAGCUCCCUGCUUUCAUCGCCGACUCCAAGGCCACCAACCCCAAUGGCACCAAGUUCUUUACGGGCAAGGAAUCUAGCACAGUCUACGCCAUCUGGAUCGGAACCAAUGAUCUCGGUAACGGCGGCUUCUUGACCGACAGCCAGAUCCCCGGCAAGACGGUUGCAGACUACAUAGACUGCGUGUAUAGUCAAAUCAGCCGACUGUACGAAAACGGCGGUCGCUACUUCGUCAUCAUGAACCUCGCGCCCCUCAACCUGCUACCACAGUACCAGCAGCCGCAAAAUGGUGGUCUCCAAUCAACACAAUUCUACAAUGACGCCCCCGGCAAGAACCUUACCGAGGUUCACGGCCGUAUGCAAAAUACUGUUGCUGCGCUCAACCAAGUAUACAAGUACCGCACGCCAUUUGACGCCGAGACAGACGACUUGUGGGAAGAUGCCCGCGUCGCAAAUUUCGAUGUCAACGCUCUAAUGACGGAUAUGUACUACAACCCUGCCAAUUACCUCAACGGAACGGGUGUUCCGCUCAAUGUCCAGGGUGUGGAGCAUUUGUGUGAUGCGAAUGGGAAAAACUGCUCGAGUACGAAUAGCCCGGAUAGCUUCAUGUGGUAUGACCCGCUGCACCCGAGUGAGCAGACGAGUAGGGUUAUUGCGAGGGAGUUUGUGAAUGUGUUGGGGGGCAAGAGCAAGUAUGCUAGUUAUUGGGGAUGUUAG